UCAAAAUCUUCUGUACUCAAUUCUGCCUCAGCCAAUCUCUUCGCUUCAACCUAUAAUGCUCAUCGCUCCGGUGGCUCUCGUGAUGAUGCAAUACUCCUUGUUGAUUCAGAUGAUGAAGGAGUUGAUAUACAAAAAUCUGAGCAGGUUGUAAUCGAGGUCAGUGAUGGGGAAGAAGAAGAAGAAUCUGAAGAGGAGAUAGAAAUAGAAGUUUGUGAAUUGCAAGAUGCACGAAAUUUGCCUGAUAAAGAUGGACGAGUCCUCAUAAGUCCUUCUCAAGACAUCGGAAUUGAUCCUGAAAUUGAGUUGGCACCCCAGAUUUCACGCGUUAUCAAACCACAUCAAGUCAGUGGUAUUCGUUUUCUUUACGAAAACCUGGUUGAAAGUCUUUCUCGCUUCCAGUCCAGUCAAGGCUUUGGCUGUAUCUUGGCACACAGUAUGGGCUUGGGUAAAACCAUCCAGAUCAUCGGAUUCUUGGAACUGCUUUUCCGUCAAUGUCAGGCUAAAAGUAACUGGCAAGCAGAGUUCGAGCUCUGGUUGCCAGUCUACGACGCAGCAGCAGCUGGUUCUUGUCGUUCAAAAGUAGCCGAGUUCCUCGCUUCAUGUUCUAGUUUGAAGUUAACAUGCCAGGCAAUUCAUCGCACCAACAUUGAAGGUAUUCCUGUCGGAGCAUCACAACUUUUGGACGAUUCAUCAGGUCUUGUGGAAGGAGAUCUUGCCUCUGAUGGUAAUUCUCAUGAAUCAAAAUCUAAUGAAUCAGUCUUGACUUGUCAUAGGAUUGAUCAUGCUUCAAAUGGGAUGCAAGGCAAUAGUAGUCAGAUGAUAGGAGGUGAUCAUCAAGUGCUAACUGACGCAGAUUCCUCGGAAGUCCCUUGUUUGGAGCACCUUGGAACCGAUGAACUUGCUGAUAGAGCGAAAGUCAGCUUGGAUUCCACUAACAAUGAUUCGGAUAUCCGCUGCUUGCAUUCUCAGCAGACGGCUGAGAUUUCAAACGCACCCCUUGCGUUAACUAAAUUUAAAGAAGACCAACAAAGUGUCACUCCUGAAUUGGAGAUGCUGAGUAUCGAAAAGCCUACGACUCAGAUAUUUUCGUCUCAAUACAAGACUGUAGGUCCAGAGUCCGCCUCUACUAUUGGUGCCGCUUCAUCUGUCCUCUCACAGCCAUAUCAGCCUCCUAAGCCUACGAAAGUUGCCAAACUUGACGUUCCUCUGGGAUAUCGGCCCUUCAAAUUGCAUGUAGUUAGAGAUAUUGUCAAGACUAUGAACGCGCGUCAUUCGGUAUGCCUAUGUUAA